GUGGAUUAAAUGCACAUUUAUACCUUUAUUGACAUAUGAAUUAUCCAUGCUAAAAAUGCAAUGAAAAGGGUGCUGAUGAAGCAAUAAUGUGGCACAAACUACUGGAUAUGGAUUCAGCUCUGCCAUCCCUCUAUGAGGCACAUAAAUGGAAUUCUACAUCUGAGCUAAAAUAGGAUGUUUAGGUUCUCAGAAUGCCUGCUUGUUAAGAUAAUAAGCAGUGAUGGCUAACAAAAUUUUUGAAAGGAUAAGAAACGGGGAAGAGAUUUGAAGGAAUUCUCUUGUUUUUUCAUUGGUAUUUGUUCAUACUGUGGAUUUUGAGGGAACACUUAAGGAGACUCAAGGAAUAUUUCUAACUGGGAAAUGGAACCUGGAUCUGAAUCUAGUCAACAUCAGAAAAGAAAACCUGUGACGCAUGGACUGGAAGAUCAAAAAAGGAUUUACACGGAUUGGGCUAAUCACUAUCUCGCAAAAUCUGGUCACAAACGAUUGAUCAAGGACCUACAGCAAGAUGUGACUGAUGGAGUCUUACUGGCUGAAAUCAUCCAGGUUGUAGCGAAUGAAAAGAUUGAAGACAUCAAUGGCUGUCCAAAGAACAGAUCUCAAAUGAUUGAAAACAUAGAUGCAUGUCUGAGUUUCUUGGCUGCCAAGGGAAUAAACAUACAGGGUCUAUCAGCAGAGGAAAUCAGGAAUGGGAAUCUAAAGGCCAUUCUAGGACUUUUCUUCAGCUUGUCUCGGUAUAAGCAGCAGCAGCAGCAGCAGCCACUGAAACAACAUCCGCAGCACCAUCCAUCUCAGCAACCUCCACCAGUAUCCCAGCAACCAGGGCCUCCAUCCCAGUGUCCGGUCGGGGUGCAACAGCAACAGAUGCCGGCUUCGCCCCAAACACAGUGCCAACAGCCCCAGCAAGCUGCACAUCAUCAAUUAAAAGCACAACCAGAAAUGCAGUCAAGUGCAUCACCCAGGGACUCAUCUCAAAGCAAAAUCAUCCGAUUCACUCUCGGUCAGAAAAAGACUUCUAGACUUCCAGGUCCCACCACGAGGGUAUCUGCUGCAGGCAGCGAAACCAAAACUCGUGGGUCUAUCAGUGCCAACAACCGGCGCAGCCAGAGCUUUAACAACUACGACAAAUCCAAACCUGUUAAUCCACAACCACCUCCAUCAAAUAGCAAUGAAAAAGAGCCAGCAGACAGUACAGCCUCCCAGUCCACAGGAAUGAAUGAAAAUGUACCAUCUUCAGUUCAAAGCAGCAGCAGUACAAAUGCUGUUAGUUGCAAUAACUCAUCGGCCAUACCCCAGCCCAGCUCUGCCAUUAAACCCUGGCGCAGCAAGUCCCUUAGUGCGAAGCACACAGCCACGUCUUCCAUGUUAUCUGUAAAGCAGCCAAUUCCAGAGUCUCCAAAACCACCUUCAGAAAUGGUCAAAGCCACUCCCAAUGGUCAAAAAUCCAUGCUUGAGAAAUUAAAACUCUUCAAUAGCAAAGGAGGCUCCAGAGCAGGAGGAACAUCCCUUGAGUGCUCAGGGUCACGGGACACUAGCUGUGAAAAACUAGAGGCACUUCCCAGCUUUGAGGAAAGUGAAGAGAUAGAUGCUGCAAAUCGGAAUAUGAACAACCCAGGACCAACAUCCAGUAGCCCCAAAAUUGCACUGAAGGGCAUUGCACAAAGAACUUUUAGCCGGGCACUGACUAAUAAGAAAAGUUCCCCAAAGGGCAGUGAGAAAGAGAAACAGAAAGAGAAGGAAAAGGAUAAAAGCAAAGACAUCGCAAAAAGGAUAUCCGUAACAGAGAAGCAGGAGAUGAAAGAGGAGCCAAAAGAAGAACAGACAGCACCAGCUACAACAGAGAUGCCAAAAAAGUCCUCCAAGAUUGCAAGCUUUAUCCCUAAAGGAGGAAAGCUGAAUAGUGCCAAGAAGGAGGCCUCUGCCCCUUCGCACAGUGGCAUACCAAAACCAGGAAUGAAAAACACCACAGGGAAAUCCUCAAGUGCCCCAACUUCUGCAAAGGAAGGUGAGAGAAGCCGCAGUGGAAAACCUGGCUCAGGGCUCUCUCAACAGAAGACCCAACUAGACAGCAGGAAUUCCAGUUCCACUUCAAGUUUAGCCUCCUCAGAAGGAAAAGGGAUAGGAGGGGUGUCUGCUCUUAACAGUAGCAGCAGCACCCAAGCUGUCAAUGGGCCAGUUAGUACCACACAGACUACCGGAAGCAAUACUGUGAGUGUUCAGCUACCUCAUCCACAACAGCAAUACAACCAUCCGAACACUGCCACAGUAGCUCCUUUCAUGUACAGAUCACAGACAGACAAUGAAGGGAAUGUAACAGCUGAGUCCGGCACGGGAGGGGUGAGCAUGGAUACUGCUCUUUACACUAAAACUGGACAGCCUGGUCUCGAAGACCUUUCAGGGGAGGAUCCAGAAACUCGACGAUUGCGAACUGUCAAAAACAUUGCUGAUCUUCGACAGAACUUAGAGGAGACCAUGUCCAGCUUACGGGGAACCCAGGUCUCUCACAGCACAUUGGAGACCACGUUUGACACCAAUGUCACUACUGAAAUAAGUGGUCGCAGUAUUCUCAGCUUGACUGGAAGACCAACGCCUUUAUCGUGGAGACUUGGGCAGUCCAGCCCCCGCCUUCAGGCAGGUGAUGCUCCAUCAAUGGGAAAUGGGUAUCCUCCAAGAGCCAAUGCCAGCCGUUUCAUCAACGCUGAGUCUGGGCGUUAUAUGUAUUCAGCACCUUUGAGGAGACAGCUAGCAUCCCGCGGUAGUAACGUUUGUCACAUGGACAUCUCAGAGAAGGGUGGUGAUGAGAUAGAUCUUGAAACCAUCAGCAUGGAUGCCACUGGCUAUAUGAGCGAUGGCGAUGUUCUGGGCAAGAAUAUAAGGACUGAUGACAUUACGAGUGGGUACAUGACUGAUGGUGGUUUGGGCCUAUACACUCGUAGACUGAAUCGGCUACCAGAUGGGAUGGCUGCAGUGCGGGAGACACUGCAGCGUAACACCUCACUGGGACUAGGAGAUGCUGACAGCUGGGAUGACAGCAGCUCCGUCAGCAGUGGGAUCAGUGACACCAUAGAUAACCUCAGCACCGAUGACAUUAACACCAGCUCCUCCAUCAGCUCCUAUGCCAACACACCUGCCUCCUCCCGUAAAAACAUAGAUGCACAGACUGAUGCAGAAAAGCAUUCGCAGGUUGAGCGGAAUUCCCUGUGGUCCAGUGAUGAAGUCAAGAAAUCUGAUGGAGGAUCAGAUAGUGGCAUAAAGAUGGAGUCUGGAUCUAAAUGGAGGCGAAAUCCUUCCGAUGUGUCUGAUGAAUCUGAUAAAAGCACUUCUGGUAGGAAGAACACUGUCAUUUCACAGACUGGUUCCUGGAGGCGGGGCAUGUCAGCUCAGGUUGGCAUUACUACACCGAGGACUAAACCUUCAACUACCUCAGGCUCACUGAAGACACCUGGAUCAGGGAAAACUGAUGAUGCCAAGGUAUCAGAAAAAGGUAGACUUUCUCCUAAAGCUGGACAUGUUAAACGUUCUCCAUCAGAUGCAGGACGCAGCAGUGGUGAUGAAUCCAAAAAGCCUCCCACAAGUAACUCUAGAACAGCUGCUGCUAAUACAAAUACAUUUGGAUUUAAGAAACCGAGUGGGUCAGCUGGCGGCAUGACUAUGAUUACUGCCAGUGGCGCAACUAUCACCAGCAGAUCAGCUACACUGGGCAAAAUCCCCAAAUCAUCUGGACUCAUGGGUCGGUCCACUGGUCGGAAAACUAGUGUUGAUGGCUCACAAAACCAGGACGAUGGCUACUUAGCACUUAGUGCCCGCACUAAUCUUCAGUAUCGUAGUUUACCCAGACCCAGUAAAUCCAGUAGCAGAAGUGGAGCUGGUAAUAGAUCUAGUACCAGUAGCAUAGACUCCAACAUAAGCAGCAAGUCAGCUGGGUUGCCUGUCCCUAAAAUGAGAGAGCCAGCUAAGGUAUCCCUCGGAAGCUCUCUGCCAGGUCUAGUCAACCAAACAGAUAAAGAGAAAGGGAUAUCGUCUGACAACGAAAGUGUGGCUUCAUGUAAUUCUGUUAAAGUGAACCCUGCAUCACAGACUGCUUCUAGUGGAGCUCAAAGCACUCACCAACAAGGAGCCAAGUACCCUGACGUGGCCUCCCCCACUUUGCGCAGGUAUACCCCUUCAUCCCAACUUCGGAGUCAAGAGGAUGCAAAAGAAUGGCUACGUUCACAUUCAGCAGGAGGCCUUCAGGACACUGCUGUCAAUUCUCCAUUUUCAUCUGGCUCCAGUAUAACAUCACCCUCUGGAACUAGAUUUAAUUUCUCCCAGCUUGCAAGCCCUACUACUGCGGUCCAGAUGAGCUUGUCAAAUCCAACCAUGCUACGGACGCACAGCCUUUCCAAUGCAGAUGGUCCUUAUGAUCCUUACAGUGACACACGCUUCCGGAAUAGUUCAAUGUCACUAGAUGAGAAGAGUAGAACUAUGAGCCGUUCUGGGUCAUUCCGUGAUGGCUUUGAAGAAGUGCAUGGAUCCUCUCUCUCCUUGGUGUCCAGUACAUCAUCUAUUUAUUCAACGCCUGAAGAAAAAUGCCAGUCAGAGAUUCGCAAGCUACGAAGGGAGUUGGAUGCAUCCCAGGAGAAGGUGUCAGCUCUAACAACUCAGUUGACUGCUAAUGCUCACCUUGUGGCAGCGUUUGAGCAGAGCCUUGGAAACAUGACUAUUAGACUACAGAGUCUGACUAUGACAGCAGAACAAAAGGAUUCAGAACUGAAUGAGUUAAGGAGAACCAUUGAACUCCUGAAAAAGCAGAAUGCUGCUGCCCAAGCUGCCAUUAAUGGAGUAAUUAACACACCUGAGCUCACCUGCAAAGGUACUGGGACUGCCCAACCUGCUGACCUGCGAAUCAGAAGGCAACACUCUUCAGAUAGUGUCUCUAGUAUUAACAGUGCUACUAGUCACUCCAGCGUGGGAAGCAACAUCGAGAGUGAUUCAAAGAAAAAGAAGAGGAAGAACUGGGUCAAUGAGUUACGCAGCUCCUUCAAGCAAGCAUUUGGUAAAAAGAAAUCCCCCAAGUCAGCAUCUUCUCAUUCAGAUAUUGAGGAGAUGACUGAUUCGUCAUUACCUUCAUCACCAAAGCUACCACACAAUGGCUCAACUGUUUCUACCCCGUUGCUCAGAGCUUCUCAUUCCAAUUCUCUUAUUUCUGAAUGUACUGAUAGUGAAGCUGAAACAGUCAUGCAGUUACGCAACGAGCUAAGAGACAAAGAGAUGAAGCUGACUGAUAUUCGUCUGGAGGCCCUUAGCUCUGCCCACCAGCUAGACCAGCUUCGGGAGGCCAUGAACAGGAUGCAGAGCGAGAUUGAGAAGUUAAAAGCAGAAAAUGACCGGUUGAAGUCUGAAAACCAUGGCAGCUGUAGCAGGGCUCAGUCUCAGGUUUCCAUUUCAUCCUCGCCAAGACAGUCCAUGGGUCUCUCUCAGCACAGCCUGAACCUCACAGAGUCUACCAGCCUCGACAUGCUAUUAGAUGACCCUGGUGAUGGCUGUGCCCGGAAGGAAGGAGGCAGGCAUGUUAAAAUAGUUGUUAACUUUCAGGAUGAAAUUAAAUGGAAGGAGGAUUCCAGGCCCCGCCUCUUCCUCAUUGGCUGCAUUGGAGUCAGUGGCAAGACAAAAUGGGAUGUACUGGAUGGGGUUGUUAGACGGUUAUUUAAGGAAUAUAUCAUUCAUGUGGAUCCAGUGAGUCAGCUAGGAUUGAAUUCAGACAGUGUUUUGGGAUACAACAUUGGGGAAAUCAAACGCACAAAUAGUGCCGAGACUCCUGAACUGCUGCCCUGUGGCUAUCUGGUUGGCGAAAACAAUACCAUCUCAGUUACUAUCAAAGGUAUCUGUGAGAACAGUUUGGACUGUCUGGUGUUUGAGUCACUGAUUCCAAAGCCUAUACUUCAGCGAUAUGUCUCUCUCUUAAUGGAACAUAGACGGAUUAUCUUGUCUGGGCCAAGUGGCACUGGUAAAACGUACCUAGCAAAUCGUCUUUCUGAGUUUAUGGUACUUAGAGAGGGCAGAGAGCUGGCUGAUGGAGUUAUUGCAACCUUCAACGUGGAUCAUAAGUCCAGUAAGGAACUGCGUCAAUACUUGUCCAACCUUGCUGACCAAUGUAAUAGCGAAAAUAAUGCUGUGGAUAUGCCUCUUGUCAUCAUUCUGGACAAUUUGCAUCAUGUUAGCUCCCUAGGAGAGAUCUUCAAUGGGCUUCUGAACUGCAAGUACCAUAAAUGUCCUUACAUUAUUGGCACAAUGAACCAGGCCACAUCCUCAACACCUAAUCUUCAACUACACCACAAUUUCAGAUGGGUGCUAUGUGCUAACCACACUGAGCCAGUCAAGGGCUUUCUUGGUCGUUUCCUGAGACGAAAACUAAUUGAAACAGAAAUCAGUGGUAGGAUGAGAAAUGCAGAACUGGUUAAAAUCAUUGACUGGAUUCCCAAGGUCUGGCAGCAUCUCAACAAGUUCUUGGAGGCUCACAGUUCCUCUGAUGUUACUAUUGGUCCACGACUCUUUCUCUCUUGUCCAAUAGACGUGGAUGGUUCUAGGGUCUGGUUUACUGACUUGUGGAACUACUCUAUUAUCCCAUAUCUUUUGGAGGCAGUCAGAGAAGGACUACAGUUGUAUGGUAGGAGAGCUCCCUGGGAGGAUCCAGCCAAAUGGGUAAUGGACACGUAUCCCUGGGCAGCCACCCCACAGCACCACGAGUGGCCUCCGUUGCUGCAACUGCGGCCUGAAGAUGUUGGAUUUGAUGGGUACUCAAUGCCUCGGGAAGGUUCAACUAGCAAACAAGUCCCCCUGAGUGACGCUGAAGGAGAUCCUUUGAUGAACAUGCUAAUGAGACUGCAAGAGGCAGCCAACUAUUCGAGCCCCCAGAGUUAUGACAGCGACUCCAACAGCAACAGCCAUCAUGAUGACAUCCUUGACUCAUCCUUGGAGUCGACGUUGUGAUCUUCAGCAGACAGAAAACAGGCGGUUUCCCACUGUCCCUCUCCUACUUUACAAGAAUCUUUAUCACAAACUAAUGAAGAUAACUUGUUACUGGACUGGGCAGAUGUCUCAGUAUUAGAGCUGCAAGAACAAGACACUUUAUUUGAGUCAGUCUUGAAUGUGGGUGCAGGUAACCCAAACAACUUUUGUACUGUUUUUCUUUUUACAAUUAUAAGAACUGCACUAUGUCUUUGUUUUGUUCUGUUUAGUUACUGUAAGCCCUCAUGCCUAAGAUACUGAAGACA